CCCUUCCAGGCCUUUCAGGCGAUUUGCGCCCUCACCUCCUUCCUCUCUGCCGCUCCCCCCCUCCUCUCCUUGAUAUUCGCCAUUACUCCUAUUUCCCUCAUGUCCGCCAUCCACCUCCCAUAACAUAUCGCCAAUCCGCCGUCCUGGCUUCCCAAGGCUUCUACGCAGCGCUCGGUGACGGGCCAUGUUUCUGAAGUGUAAGGGCCCGAUAUGGGGCCCAGACGAUUUCUCACGCUGCUUUGAGCUUAAUUAUCUACAGUCUGUGAUUCCUCUUCUCGUGUGCGGAAUCUCACUCGUUUAUCUCUUAUACCAGCUUCGCGCCGCACGAUCCGCCAGGGACACGCAUGCCUACACAGUCUUGGAUCCCGCCGACAGUGUGUGGUCCACGCCUGCCAAUCGCUACCGUGACGAUGCCGACACCGCCAGCGAGUCCGAAGACGAAUCCGAGCCCAAUGGCCCGUUGGCUCUUCAUCCGACCUUCAGUGCGCAGACCCGUUCGACCGUGGCCGUCGAUCGCCCACGAGGCCAAGUCACCGUCGUAGUGCUGGAGGAAACCGCUGUCUUGGCCGCUCUCUCCCUGCAUGUCAUCGUUUUUCUCACCGGCGCAUGGGGUCGCAAGGGGAGGACUGCCGCCAUAACCAGCAUCGUCAUAUGGGCCUAUACUGCGUUGUUGGCCUCGCUGCGCUUACUCUUCUCGGCCACUAAUAGAUGGUCGUUCCAUAAGCUUUGGUACCAUACCGCUUUUCUUUACGGCUGCCAAUGGUUGUGCGGCGCCCUGAUCUUUCGCUCGGCUAUCAUUCAUCCGCGAUCUCGUCUCCAGCAGCAUAUUGCAAUCACCGACUUUGCCCUAACCUCCCUCCUCUCCCUCAUCUGCUUGACAUCCAGAAAGGGCAACAAAACCGUCGAGUUGGAGUAUGAAGGGGAUAUUGAGCCCUCCAGGGAACCUACUGCCAGCGUAUUCUCAUUGGCCACAUUUGGCUGGGUAGAUGCCAUCGUUUGGAAGGGUUUCAAGAAGACAUAUGAGAUUGCCGACGUGUGGAACUUGGCGCCAAAAGAUAAAGCAGCAGCCGUCAUUGCGGAUUACCGUCAGCUCAAGAAGACUUCGGCCCUUGCCUUUCACCUGUUGAAGUAUUUCAAGCGUGGUCUACUCAUCCAAGGCACUUGGGCCGUCAUGUCAGGUUUCCUUACCUUUGCGCCCACCAUGCUCCUCAAAGCCAUCCUGGAAUAUAUCGAAGAGCCAGAUCUUACUCCUCGGAACGCUGCAUGGUUCUAUGUCAUGCUCCUCUUUGCUUCCGGUUGUGCCUCUGCACUUGCCGAUGGCCAGGCUUUGUGGAUCGGCAGAAGAAUCUGCAUACGCAUACGCGCUGUUAUUACCGGGGAGAUCUACGCGAAAGCCCUAAAGCGCCGUGUGUCUUCAGGAAUAGACAAAGUGCUGGGGAAAGGGCCCGCCAAGGCAAAACAGGAACCGCAUGAUGAGCGCAAAGGUUUUAAGAAGCUCACGAGAUUUAUACGGAAGAAGAGCAAAGAUGCAGAUGCUCACAAGAACAAGGAAGACCCGAAGGUAGAAGAGGACGCCCAAGUUACCACCGGAGCCAUUCUAAAUUUGAUGGCUGUUGAUGCCUACAAAGUCAGUGAAAUUAGCGCAUACCUCCACUUCCUCUGGGCGAACACACCCGUUCAGUUCAUAGUAGCAAUAGCAUUGCUCUAUCGAGUCCUUGGAUUCAGUUGUAUUGCUGGCAUCGGAAUGAUGGCCAUCCUAGCACCAGUCAACCUCUGGGUUGCGAACCAAUUCUCCAAGAUCCAGAAGCUGAUUCUGGCAGCAACGGACGCAAGGAUCCAUUCCACGAAUGAGGUCCUUACCAACAUCCGUAUCAUCAAAUUCUUUGCUUGGGAACAGCGAUUCAUUGGUAUUGUCAAUGAGAAGCGCCACGUGGAGCUCAAACAUCUGAGGCGGAGAUAUCUCCUUUGGGCUGUAGCUGCCACCAUUUGGUCUGGCUCUCCGGUUUUCAUUACGUUCCUCUCCUUCCUGGUCUACACCAAAGUCGAGCACAAGGAACUUAUUCCCUCGGUGGCCUUCACUGCACUAUCCUUAUUUCAGAUCUUGAGGAUCCCGUUGGAUCAACUGGCUGAUAUGAUAGCCCAUGUACAGGAGUCCAAGGUGUCCGUGGAUCGUAUCGAGGAAUAUCUCAACGAGCCAGAAACGGAUAAAUACACGCAGUUGGUCUCUGGCAAAAAGGAUGACAAUGGACAACCCAUUAUCGGAUUCGAGCAGGGAACAUUCACUUGGGGUGGGAAAGACUCAGAGGACAAAACCGCGGCCGACGCCUUCAAACUUAUGGAUCUUAACGUCCGCUUCAAAGUCGGAGAGCUCAACGUUGUCGUAGGGCCAACCGGCUCUGGAAAGACGUCCCUGCUCAUGGCUCUGCUUGGCGAGAUGACAAAGCUGAAAGGCAACGUUUUCUUACCCGGUACUGGCAGCCGUGAAGACCUCAGAGUGGACCCCGAGACAGGUCUAACAGAAAGUGUUGCUUACUGUGCCCAGCAAGCAUGGCUCGUCAACGGAACGAUCAAGGACAAUAUCCUCUUCGCCACCGAUUGGGACGCAACCCGGUACAAGCAAGUCAUAGUGGCUUGCUCCCUCCAACGAGACUUGGAAAUUCUGGAUGCUGGAGACCAAACAAUUGUUGGCGAGAAAGGCGUCACUCUGUCCGGCGGCCAAAAGCAGCGCAUCUCUUUGGCUCGAGCCCUAUAUAGCAAAGCACGGCACGUUUUGCUGGAUGAUGUGUUAAGUGCUGUCGACUCACAUACUGCCAAGUGGAUCUUUGACAAAGCUCUUCUGGGCCCGCUCAUGUACAACCGUACAUGUGUUCUCGUUACUCAUAACGUCGGUCUGUGCUUGCCCCAGGCUGAAUAUGCCGUCGUGUUGGACAAUGGCAGAAUUACAACCCAGGGAACAGCCACAGAAGUUAUCGAAUCGGGAAAAUUGGACGAAGAUCUUUCGAAGUCGCAUGCUGCCUCCAGUAGAGCGUCCAAGAUACCUUCGCGCGUACCUUCUGAUGUGGGUGGCGAAGAAGCAACGGGUGAAGCAAGCCAUGCAAAUGGCGACGCGAAUGGAAAUGCUCACCCAAGCCAAUCGAAGAAGGCGUCUGCUAUUGAUCCAUAUGAGGAAUCGAAAGCCGAAGGUGGUGUCAAGCUCAGUAUUAUUCUGAUGUACCUGAGGUCCAUGGGACCGUGGUAUUACUGGAUUGGUGCUGGGUUGGUGUUCGUAGCACAGCAAAUUGCGUCGGUCUGGACAAACGUUUGGAUUCGGACUUGGGCAAACUCGUAUGCUGAGAAAGGGAUCCGCUCCCAGCGCCUGCAACCUCCGAGACCCAUCAGCCAUGCACCUACUCUCAGUGGAAUGGGCACGUGUCUCAAGAGCGGCACUUGUAGCUGGAACAUGCCAUUCUUUUCACACUCUGAUGAGAGCCUUUACAGCGCCAUGCGACCCGAUCUGGUCCCCACAAGCUCCGAAGUCGAUUCCGGCUACUUUCUAGGCGUCUAUGCUGCCCUCGGAGUCGCGUUUAUGCUCAUCACUUUCAUUCGGGAGGGCUUCCUCUUUGGUGGCUCACUUGCUGCAUCGAGGAGGUUGCAUGAAAGAUUGAUACAAGCCAUCACGCAUGCCAAAUUCCGUUUCUUCGACCAAACCCCUCUCGGCCAGCUCAUGAACAGGUUCUCCAAGGAUAUCGAGGCGGUCGAUCAGGAGGUUGCACCGGUAGCCAUAGGGGUCGUCCACUGUCUCGCAUCCAUUAUUACUAUUGUCAUCCUGAUUUCCGUCAUCACCCCCGGAUUCCUCAUUGCAGGCACCUUUAUCACGAUAUUGUACGCUCUGAUAGGGAGAUUCUAUCUAAGCUCCUCUCGAGACCUGAAACGCUUGGAAUCGGUGACCAGGAGUCCGCUCUAUCAGCAGUUCGGGGAGACCCUGACCGGCAUGGUCACAAUUCGAGCCUAUGGUGACGAGAGACGAUUCAUACGGGACAAUCUACAGAAGAUCAAUACUCAACAUCGUCCGUUCAUCUAUUUGUGGGCAACUAACAGGUGGCUUGCAUUCCGAGUGGACGUCGUCGGUGCCAUGGUAUCCUUCUUUGCUGGCGUCUUCGUCGUACGCAGUGUUGGCAAGAUUGACGCAGGAGCCGCUGGACUGGCGCUCACGUAUGCCGUCACCUUUACGGAAAAUGUCCUCUGGUUUGUACGGCUGUAUUCAGCGAACGAACAGAAUAUGAACUCAGUGGAGCGAAUCAAGGAGUACCUGGACGUGGAUCAGGAAGCAGCCAUGAUUCAUCCGGGAAGGAGGCCUCCCUCGAAUUGGCCCAGCCGAGGUUCGGUGGAGUUCAUCGAAUACAGUACCAGAUACAGGCCAGAUUUUGACAAGGUUCUGAAGAAGAUUUCCUUCAAAAUAUUGCCUGGAGAGAAGGUUGGCGUGGUGGGACGUACCGGUGCUGGGAAGAGUUCGCUGGCGUUGGCGUUGUUCCGUGCUCUGGAAGCCGAAGAAGGCAAGAUUCUGAUCGACGAUAUCGACAUCGGUUUGAUUGGGCUACAAGAUUUGCGGGAGAACAUAGUCAUGGUCCCGCAAGAUCCAACCCUCUUCACCGGCACAAUACGCAGUAAUCUUGAUCCCUUCUCCCUCUUUACCGACGAAGAAAUCUUUACCGCUCUGAGAGAAGUGCAUCUCGUUUCUUCGUCGUCGGCAGCAACAUCUACGUACGACGGGACGCCAACCCGCACGCCUGGGACACCGCGGGCCAUCGAGAUACCUAAUCCCACGUUCAAUGCUGUUGUGACAGACGUCAGCACCAGCUAUGGUGGGUCGACAACUAACCCGGCCUCUAUUCUAGCGAACGGCCAUGGUGAAACCAUGAACGAAACGAUACUUAUCAUGCCCGAUGGCGCAGCAACAAAUACUGACCGGGAGGUCGACACGGGGCUUCAACCAGAAAACAAGAACCCAUUCCAUAACCUCAACUCUCCCGUCUCCGAGUCAGGUUCCAAUCUCUCCCAAGGACAGCGUCAGCUCUUGUGUCUCGCUCGCGCCCUUCUCAAAGCACCCAAAGUGCUCGUCAUGGACGAAGCAACUGCGUCGAUUGACUACGCGACGGAUGCGAAGAUCCAGGAAACGAUCCGUGAAAUAAAGAAUACCACGAUCACGAUUGCCCACCGGUUGCAUACCAUUAUUGACUACGACAAGGUGCUGGUGCUGGACAAGGGAGAGGUGGUUGAGUUUGGGGACCCGUGGGACCUAUUGCAGAAGAAGGGGAGCUUCCACUCCAUGUGCGAGACGAGCGGUGACAUGGCGAAUCUGGAAAAGGAGGCGAAGAGGGCAUAUGAUAAGCGGAAAGGUCUUGAUAUGGGUGGACUGGACGCUCAAAUGGGCGGAAAAGCGAGUGCAAGUGCAACGAGAAGCGCGAGAUAGGACUCUUCUUCUUCCUCGACAUGGCGUCGCAGCUAUGGUUCUGCGGACGAGAUCGCAGGCGAAAUGUUUAGAGUACAUAGAUGGAGUGGGAGAGAGGUGACAUGUAGCCUUGGCUAGCAUUGCGUGUGGGUUACAUUGCAUGAUUGCUGCUGGGAGCAGGAUAGACGGUGCAUUGGGAGCAUGUGAUCAAUGUCAAUCAAGAAUAAGUCGUAUGGAUGCGUUUGCUUGUGGGAGUGUCGUGGAUCGAGCAGGAGUACAUGCAAUGUCUUCCGACAUUUUUUCACUCCAUUGGGACUUGGUGCAUGGCACCGCCCGUGUUCGUAAAUGGGUUUUAUUUUGUUGACAUGUGUACCAGAUAGAUGAUAUUGCGAUGCAUACUCGAACUUGUACUGCAGAGUCAAAUCCGAGUUGUCUGGGGGUGCUAUUCUCAGGGGUAUCAUAAAUGCAAAAAACUCU